AUUUUUUUGAUUUUUUUUUUUUUUCGGUCAGCGUUUCUCUUAUUCUUUGCUUUAGCGAUCUGCUGUCAUAGAAAUGAUUUCUAUUCUUAAUCGACUUCGACGCCGUAAUUCGCACGAAUAUGCUCCGUAUCAACAUUUAGAACGUCAUUUCGAGUCGGCUGAAAUUGUGCGUGAUACGAUUAUUGGUCUAUCUGAUGGUUUGACAGUACCAUUUGCGUUGGCUGCGGGUCUCUCAUCUCUGGGCAACUCAAAAAUUGUGAUUUAUGGUGGCGCUGCAGAGUUGGUGAGUGGUGCUAUCUCCAUGGGUCUUGGCGGAUAUCUGGCCGCGUUGUCCGAAAUCGACCAUUACAAAACGGAACGUCAGAGAGAAGAACGAGAAGUGGAAGAAUGUCCUCAAGAUGAGGAAGACGAGAUUGUUGAGAUUUUGGAACCUUACGGCCUAGAUCGUGAGACAAUUCAACCCAUCAUUGACAAGCUCAAAGCCAAUCCCGAGAAGUUUGUGGAUUUCAUGAUGAAGUUCGAACUGAAUUUGGAGAUGCCCGAUCCACGACGAAGCUGGAUUUCCGCUUUGACUAUUGGUUUAUCAUAUUUCGUGGGCGGAUUGAUUCCCCUAUUGCCGUAUAUUUUCAUUGAUGAUGCUACCUUGGCGUUAUACGUAUCUGUUGCAGUCACUUCCCUCACCUUGUUGAUCUUUGGAUAUGUCAAGAGUAGAUUAGUCAAUCCCAAGGGCGCAUUAUGGGGCGCCAUCCAAACCCUGUUGAUUGGUGCUUUAGCAGCGGGUGCAAGUUACGGCAUUGUCUAUCUCCUUCCAAGCGAACAUGGACUGUGAACCUAAAGUUUAACCUUUUUCUUACUUCCACUCUCUUGUAAUUUUCAUGUUCGGUAUUCCCACCUGUAUUUUUUGUUUUUUGUUUUGGACACGUCCCUGCUCUAAACAUGUUUAUUGUAAAUGAUCCAUAAAUAGAACGAAGUCCUUCGCCGAGAAGAUUCACUCUCAUCCUUUAAAGGCUAAAUACAAAAACAUCCUUGAAAUAA